GAGGAGUCUACAUUUAUAUCUUCGAUGCAAAUACAACUAGACUAGAACCAGCCGCUCUUUAUGAAGCUCCAAUUUCAGGAAUCAAAUUUAUUAAAAUGGAUUGUGGUGUUUCUUACGUCGGGUUGGACAAACUUCUUUAUCUUAAAAUUGAUUUUCUUUCAUCUGGAAUCGUAAUAAAUGUUUUGCCAAUGAAUAUUGAUAUUCCAACUCCAUUAAUUGAUCAAUUUAGUAUCGCAACAUUACCGUACGGAGGUUAUUUAUUAAGUGGAAUAGGAACGAAUGAUAAUGGUGAAACUAUCAUUGAAGGUUUUAUUUUCAAUGACGAAGACAUAGUUUAUCGUUGGGAUCUUCCAUUUACUAUCGUGACAAACUUCUUAGUAGUAUCGAAUAAAUUAAGAAAUAAUACUUAUAUACUUGCUCAGCUGGAAGAAAAACGAAACUGGACUUUGGUCACCACUGACUUGUAUAAAUUUGAAAAAGAAAAAGAUCAUGGUUAUGAAAAUUUCCACAUCGACACUACAUCUCCAAACAUUAAUGAUACAAUUGUACUCGAAACAGAGUCCCUUACAAUUAAAUAUUUUAAUGAAGUAGAUUUGUCAGAUGGUCGGAUUAAAAUUUUUCAAGAAAAUG